AUGGCAAAUGAACUAUUGUGCGGGCUUGUUUUCCGUUUCCUACUCCCAGUCUGCUUACUGGCAGCUAUAUGUAUCCGUUUCAAUGGAUUCUCGGUCAUCUAUUUUGUUUUCCUGAUGCUCAUUCCUCUGUUAUCAAAACCUACUUACGCCACAAUAAAAGGACACACUGGAAGAUUCUUAAAGGCUAUAUACUCUACUGGAUUGUUUUUAAUCUUAGUACAGUCAUCCUUUCAGAUUGCUUUCAUCUACGUACCGCCUGAAGACUAUUUGUGGGAAGAGAUCCUGAAACACUUUGGAAUUGUAAGAUUCAGCGAUGUAGAUGCCUGGAACAUUGUCCGGCUGCUGAGCUCCGACAUUGGAAUGUUUAUCACUGGGCUUUUCAUUCGAAGAACCUGUAAGAAGUUAGUAAGAUCAGGAGGCCCCAAAAUAAAUGUUCGUGUAAGCAGUGAGGAGGAAGAGGAGGAUGAGGAAUCAGUGACAGAAAGUGAGACGGAGGAAAGUGAGGAUGAGACAGACUUUUCUAUAGAUGAGGAUACCCUAGAUAAGGAUGUCAAUGACACUAGAGCAAAACUCAUUGCAAAGCUUACUACGUUCAUUUCUGGAAUAAAGCUCUUGUUUGAGGCUCUCUUUACUACGGCUGGAAAGGUGGUAGCCACUCUUCUUCUGGGCUUGUCAGGUAUAAUUUUACCAUCUGUGACGUCUGCCCUUUACUUUUCCAUCUUCAUGUUUUUAUGUUCCUGGUGGGCAUGUAACCGCAGUGUGAGCCUAGUGGUUUUCAGCAGUCUCUGCGUCAUGGCUGCCAUCUUUAGUGCGGGUCACUUAACCGCUGUUUACCUGUAUCAACUCCCUUAUUUUCAAGAAAUCAUCCCACCUCAAGAUUUGUAUGCUAGGCUUUUUGGGAUGACAGCAAUUAUAAGGACCAAUCAGACAGAAUCAUGGAUUAUCGAUCUUCACCAGGAUCUGCACUGGCCAGUCUUUGUGAACCCAUUUAUGCUGCUAAUUCUGUACUAUACAUUGGUCAUGCUGCUGCAGCAAUGGGCCCAACAUCCAAUGGUAUGUCCUCAGAUGUCCAUAAACUGCCCCAAGGAUGAUCACCAUUUGGAUGGAGUACUGUGGGCUUCAAAUCCUGAUCUAGAACAACCUGAAUACCUCAUGCACAAUGGGUGGCAAGAACUGCCCCUACUGAAAUGUGAAGUACAGCAGGCACACACCGACUUCUCAGUGCCCAUAUAUACUGUGGAGGAGGAGAAGGUCCCGGAGGAAUCAGAGAAAGAGACACCAGAGGAGAUUGUAGCAGAGGAGACGAAGCCCGGUGGGAUGGCUGUACUUGGGCAGUUUAUCAUGAGGCAGAGUUAUGUCAGCGCAUUAAUCGUCAUGAUGGUUUGGAGCAUCACUCAUAACAGCUGGCUGACAUUUGUCCUAUUAAUAUGGUCAUGCGUAAUUUGGAUGAUUCGGGAUCGCCGACGCUAUGCCAUGCUAAGUGCCCCAUUUUUGGCUUGUUACGCUAACAUAUUAGUCAUCCAGAACUUUUUUGUGGGACUCAACAUCUCCCAGGAAGAGCUGUUCCCUGGAGUCCCCACUAAUGUUCUCAUUGACUUUGAUUUGAAGCCAUACACAAUGCCGUGUGUGCAUCUUGGACUGAAGAUCUUCUAUGCCCUCAUAUUCUGGAUAUUGCUACGGCAGAAUCUGAAGGAACGGCAACAGGAAAGUGAUCAGGAAUUCUUGAAAGAAGUUCUGGUAGAGGAGAGUGAAACAGAAGAACCCCCAAAUGCCUUCAUGGAAAUGGUGGGCUCCUUGGUGCGAGGUACACUGGUGAAGUACUGGAUCUACUUCUGUGGGGCUAUGUUUUUUGUCAUCAGCUUCAGCGGCAAAGUUGUGGUGUACAAGAUCCUCUACAUUGUGCUUUUCCUAUUCUGUGUGUCUUUGUACAAGAUUCAUUACGAGUGGUGGAGAAAAAUACUGAAGUAUUUCUGGAUCACUGUGGUUUCCUACUCAAUGGUGGUUCUAAUUGCCAUCUAUGUCUAUCAGUUCAAGACCAUCUCCGGCUUUUUCCUUCAGAUUCUGGGCAUGUCGGAGGAAGGCUUGAGAGACCUGGGCUUGCAGCAGUACAGCACUGUGGAGCUGUUUGCUGGUAUACUGCUCCCUUCUUCCUUCCUCCUGGCCUGUAUCCUACAGCUAUACUACUUCAAUGAAGACUUCUUGAAGCUGACUGAUCUCAACAAUAUCAUCAUUAAUGAAGGAGGCGUUGAUGACAGUAAGAAAAAAAUGGAGAACCGUAUCCAAAUUCUGGCCGACAUGAUAAAAGACAACCUUGGCAACCUGCACAAGACGUAAGGAACAGCCUCUGAGAAAAGGAACAGUUCAAGUACAUUGGAAAGAAUUGAUAACAUUGCUGCUGAUGGAGAUAUGAUACAGGACAGUAAUCCAUCUGAUGAUAGCACCAACCCAUGGCUUCUUGUGAUUGACAAGUUAAUGUCUCUGCUGCUGAUUCUGCUGCAUUUUAUCCAUGAUGUCCAAGUACUGCUGUGGAGGCUACUGGAACUGCACAUCAACAAGAUUGUGUCCACUAUGGUCAUUUAUAUCGCAGUUAGAGAGGUCUCCCUUAUGAACUGCCUCUUCUUCAUGCCCUGGGUGUUUGCUUUGCCGUACUCAAACAUCCGUCCCUAUGCUUCAAAUAUUUCUACCGUGUGGUCCUGUGUUAUGGUCAUUUGCAAAAUGAUGUAUCAGCUGAAGUUUGUGAAACCGCUGGAGUUUUCAUCCAACUGCACUGAAGGCUUAUAUCGCAAUGGAAGUCUCUACAGUCCAAUUGCAGAUGAGUUGCUACAGAAAUCUGUGCUAUAUGUUGCUCCUGUGGACCCUGCUUUUUGGUUUGGGGGUCUGCAAAAAUGUGCAGAUAGUGUUUUACCCUGCCUCCAGAACCAUCUGACUGUUCUGGCACUGAUGGCUAUUCAGGUAACAGUGUAUCGGCACCAAGUCUAUUACCGGGUUCACAACAAGCUCACCACCCCCAUCACUGGGAGCAUCUUUGACAACAUCACCCGGAAAGAUCUUGAUGACGGACUUGUCAGCUGCUUCAAAUAUUUUGUCAAUUAUUCUUUCUACAAGUUUGGGCUGGAGAUUUGUUAUGUCAUCGCAGUAAAUGUUAUUGGGCAGCGGAUGGAUUUUUAUGCAGCGCUGCAUGCUGGAUGGUUGCUUUACUUACUAUAUUUACGUCGCAGAAAAACCAUUGCUGAGGUCUGGCCUAUCUAUUGCUGCUUUACAGCCAGUAUUAUGACUUUCCAGUACCUACUCUGUAUUGGCAUUCCUCCAGCAUUCUGCACAGAUUAUCCAUGGAGAACAUUGCAACUGAAACCCAAUUCCAACCUUAUCAAGUGGCUCUAUCUUCCAGACUUUGCCAAAAGCCCUGAUCCAGGAUUUCUGCUGUACGACACGCUGCUGCUGCUCUCUGCGUCUCUGCAGUGGCAGGUGUUUGAGGAUGAGAACUUGGCUUGUGUCCGUUUGUUGGCUGGUGAUAACAUUGAGAUAAGCAAAGACUUGGAUCCAGGAGACUUGAGCCAGUAUAGUCCUGUACCCAACUUUAUCCACUGCAAGUCCUACCUGGACAUGGUUAAAGUGGUGAUUUUCAGCUUCCAUUUCUGGUUUGUGUUGUGUUUGAUCUUCAUCACUGGAACGACCCGCAUAAACAUACUGUGUAUGGGAUACCUGAUGGCCUGUUUCCAUUUCAUGCUGUUCGGAGGCAGUCUGAUUUUGAAGCCAGUCCGCCAUAUUCUAAAGCUCUGGGACUAUCUCAUAACCUAUACAGCCUUUGUCAUCACCAUGAAAAACCUUCUCUCGAUCGGGGCAUGUGCCUACCUUGAUAAGCUGAUGAAGAAUAACUGCUGGCUCAUCCAGACAUUUAGCAUGUAUUGUACAAUCAAGGGAUAUGACCUAUCUGUCCUUUCUGAUGAUACAUGCGAGCUGCCUGAAAAUGAAGCAGGGAUUGUAUGGGAUGCAAUCUGCUUUACUUUCCUUUUGAUCCAGCGUCGUGUAUUCUCCAGCUAUUACUUUCUUUACGUUGUGGCAGACUUGAAAGCCUCUAAACUCUUGGCUUCAAGAGGAGCGGAACUGUUUGAAGAGAAAAUUAAGAAAGUGGUUGCUGUCCGUCUAGAAGAAGAGAAAAAAUGUGCUCAGGCGAUGAAGAAACAGAUGGAGCAAAUUAAAUCUAAACAGAAAGCAUCAAAUGAAGAGCAAGCAAGGAAAGACAGUGUAAGCUGUGCGGGUGAGGACACCUCUGAGCCAUCACCGAAGGACAAAGACGAAAGUGAAAAAAAGGAAAAAGAUGGAAAAAAGAAAUGGUGGCAGCCUUGGGUUACCCAUACAACAAUGGUCCGUAGUGGGACCUAUAGCCUGUUUGAUACAGAUAGUGAGGAUGAAGAGGAAGAGACACGUGAAGAGAAGAGAGAAGAGGAGCCUCUUAAAAAGAAAACAGCAUUUCAGCUAGCUUACGAGGCAUGGACUACAAGUUCUAAAUCUGCAUUGAACCUACGGAAGAACGAUGAAAUUACCAUCCGAGAACAGAUUCGCAAAGAGAUGGAGAAGCAACAGCCAGAAGGGAUGUCCGAGGAAACACCACAAGAUAAAACAGAGACAGAAAGUCAGGAGGAACAUGCAGAAGGGCCAGAGAAUAUUAUUCAGAGGAUCAUCAACAUCGUCAAGUUCUCCUGGGUCUUCAGCCAAGCUCUCGCAGACGACAUCAUCGAAACCCUCAACUCUUUCUGCAAAAACAGUGUGGAUAUUGGCACUGUUCUUAGGAUGGAGCGCUGCAUGUUGCAGAGGAACAUGGACAAGGGUAAAGAAGCCUCCCAAGAAAGCAUAGCAGAGUAUUACAAGGCCAAACAGCUGUCGCGAACUCAGACUUUAUCCAGUGAGGAAAAUGAGGACCACAGUGGGUAUAUAGAAGAGACAAUUCAGUCGAAGAGGCUGGAAAUCUGUAAGAUGCUCAGUGUGGAAUCACAGCAGUCUCAGGACAGCUUUAUCUCCAGCUGUGCCACAGAGGAUUUGGUUUUGUCCUAUGAAGAAAUUCUUGACCCUGUUGAGACCCCGAAAAGACAACUACCCAGACGCAUGCUGGCUUUUGAUUCAACGUCUUUUGACAGUUUAGAUUCAAGUCAUGGCCAGCAUGAAGACGAUAGACUGCCACUGGGUCAGAAAGAUGGCGACUAUGAUGGGGAUGAAGAAAUGACAGAACAAACAAGAACAGACAUCCCACCUUCCUAUAGCACAGUUAUUCUUAAAGGAGAACUGCAGACAUCUGAAGCUGAGGAAUCAUCACAUGGGGCAGAUGAAAGCAGCAGGCCACUGGCUGAUGUUCCACAGUUGUUGACCGCUAGUGAACUUUUACUCAACAAGAUGUACUAUAAUGAGGAGCUGGAUAAAUCAGACAAGUUCUAUCAGAGCCUCCCACGUCCUCUGCGUCUUGGUUUCGCCCUCUACAACACCAUUGUGUCAAAGUCUGAAAUGCUUUGUUACUUUGUCAUUAUUCUCAAUCAAAUGGUGUCUGCAUCCAUACUCUCCUUGAUUCUACCAAUCCUCAUCUUUCUCUGGGCCAUGCUAUCUGUACCUAGGCCUACCAAACGCUUCUGGAUGACCGCCAUAAUCUACACUGAGAUUACCGUGGUCAUCAAGUAUUCUUUCCAGUUUGGUUUCUUCCCAUGGACAUCCACAGUAUAUCGGAGUAUGAAUGCAGAUAAACCAUUUCGGCUCCCUAACAUAAUUGGCAUCGAAAAGAAAGAUGGCUAUGUACACUUUGACCUAAUCCAGCUUCUUGCUCUGUUUUUACACAGGUCUAUCCUAAAAUGUCAUGGGCUGUGGGAUAACAAGGAAGUCUGUCUACCAGAGUCCAAAAAGAAAAAGAAGACUAGGCGUCAGAAAAAACGAGGGAGUAAGGGAGAAGAUGACACAGACUCCAGGCUCGGACCAUGGAAUCUAUUUAAAAAUCAGAACCCUUCGAAGAAUGUAUUUAGAAAAAGGAGAACUUCACAAAAACCAGUGAUUGAAGGUACCCCACAAAAGAAAGACACGAAGAGGAGGUGGAAUUGUUUCAAACAUAAUCCCAAAAAGAAACGCCAGUCAAUGAAGGAGAGACUAAAGCAGCAGUGGAUCAAACUGAAGAAACUGGUGGUGAAAAUUGCUCUUCAGAUCUACCUGCCAAUUAGGCAGUUCUUCUAUGAUAUCAUACACCCUGAGUACAGUCCUGUCUGUGAUGUCUAUGCCCUUAUGUUUCUGGUCGAUGUUAUCAAUUUUAUUAUUGUCAUCUUUGGAUAUUGGGCAUUUGGGAAACAUUCUGCUGCUGCAGAUAUCACUGAGUCGCUGUCUGAGGACCAGGUACCUGAGGCCUUUCUAGUUAUGCUUCUCCUGCAGUUUGGCACCAUGAUUGUUGACAGAGCCAUCUAUUUGCGAAAGACAAUGUUCGGAAAGUGUGUUUUCCAGGUCGUUCUUGUGUUUGGAAUUCAUUUUUGGAUGUUUUUUAUCUUACCCGGAGUUACUGAAAGGAGAUUUAAUACAAACAGCGUGGCCCAGCUUUGGUACUUUGUGAAAUGUGUGUACUUUGGUCUGUCUGCAUACCAGAUCAAAUGUGGCUAUCCUAACAGAGUGCUGGGCAACUUCUUAACAAAGAGUUACAACUGCAUCAACCUCUUCUUAUUCCAGGGCUUCCGCAUGGUCCCCUUCCUCACUGAGAUGAGGGCUGUGAUGGAUUGGAUAUGGACAGACACCACUCUCAGCCUGUCUAGCUGGAUAUGUGUGGAGGAUAUAUAUGCUAAUAUCUUCAUUAUGAAGUGCUGGCGGGAGUCAGAGAAGAAAUACCCCGAACCUCCAGGACAAAAAAAGAAGAAGAUUGUGAAGUAUGGAAUGGGUGGGGUGAUCAUUUUUGCCCUGAUUUGCAUUGUCUGGUUCCCCCUCCUCUUUAUGUCAUUGGUGAAGUCUGUGGCUGGGGUGACCAAUCAACCUUUGGAUGUCUCCAUUCAGAUCAGCAUCAGCGGUUAUGAGCCCCUGUUCUCUAUGAGUGCUCAGCAACAGAAUCUUGUACCCUAUUCCCAAGCUGCAUAUGAUGAACUGACAUAUAGAUACGCCUUACAUCCUUCAGCAAUGCAGUUCAUUGUUAAUUACAUGCCGGAGGACAUUGUUACUGCCAAGAUAAAGAGUAAUGCCAGCCUCCUGUGGACCAUAAGCCCAGCAAGCCGUGAUGCAAUGAUAGAGGAGUUGUCCAAAUCCACUCAAAUAUACUUUGAUAUUCACUGGAGCAUUCUCAGGAAUGCAUCUAUUGUAAAGAGCGCAGAGAGUUUUGGGAAACACACAGUGUGUUAUGAGGAUGCUGACACCCGUGAUCAUAUUGUUCAGAUACUAAGAGGAGAGAGGAAAGAGCCAGUGAUGCUAAAGAAUAUGCUGCCAAAACACUUGCGAGCAAAUGCUGGGCCUGAAGCUAAAAUUGCCCAUAGACUUCAAACAGAGUAUUCAGAAAAACCAGAAGACAUCCAGAAGUAUGCCUUUUUCCGUAAUUUAACCCUGAAACUACAGCAGCUAUCGUUUAGUAACAACUCAAACCAGGUGACAGAGUGGUGGUUGAUUCAGGAGUGGAAUCCAGCCUGCAGCCCACACGGAUGUAGCCAGAAUAUUGAACUUGUUAUAUACAAUGAUAAAGCCAGCCCUCAGAGCCUGGGAUUUCUAGCUGGAUAUGGCAUUGUGGGUCUCUACAUGUCUGUUGUUCUGGUAAUCGGCAAAUUCAUCAGAGAAUUCUUUAAUGGUAUCGCACGUUCCAUCAUGUUUGAAGAGCUGCCUUGUGUUGAUCGGAUUUUAAAGCUCUGUACAGACAUCUUUCUGGUUCGAGAGACUGGAGACUUAGACCUGGAAGAACAACUGUUUGCCAAAUUAAUCUUCCUCUAUCGAUCCCCUGAGACAAUGAUCAAAUGGACAAGGGAAAAGCACGAUGAGUUAUCUUCAUAAGUAACCAUGGAAGCAAUCCUGGCAAUUUAGUAACUACAAAUUAUAGAUGUGAGCAGAUCUUCAAACUAGUGCACUGGCACUUAUUAAAACUGUUGUACACAAGGUAUGCCUUGCAAGGAUGAUGCAGCAAUGCAAAUAUAGCAAGUAACACAUAAACCUAUGGAUAGGAUAGCUCUGUGGUUUCAUUUUCAGUAUAAAGGCAGAUUACAGCAGUCUUGCUUUAAAAAUCUAGGGGAUUAUUUGUGAAAGCAUGGAGAGGGAUAAAGCACUAACUAAUCCGCUUCUAACUCUCUUUUACAGGCUGUGCUUGAAAAAUGAGUAAACUGCUAAUUGGUUAGUGCUCAAUCGCUCUCAAUCAGGACAAGUUACAUUGGACCUGUAACUUAUUACACAGCAGAAGCAGCCAUUUUAUAGGUUGAAACUAUUCAUGAGACUGAAGCCUAUGCAGUUGCUAGCAAACACUAGUCAAGUGCUGGUUCCUUUAAAAUGUAAAAGUUGCAUUUCUCUGAAUAUUCGUGAAGCCCACAAAAUGACUGCAUCAACUGUGUAUAAGUACAGAGACCU